UUUAGGAUAUUUUUAAAUGUCUCUCUCAAAUCCUAAAGAAAUUAUACUAAAUGUCUAACUCUACCAUAGUGACUGAAUUUCUGCUUACAGGAUUUUCUGAUGUGUAGGAGUUCAGGGUCUUGUACACAAUGUUAUUUUUACUAAUGUACUUGGCUACUCUCACAGGAAAUCUUCUCAUUGUCACAGUAAUCACUGUUGACCAAAGACUUCAUACCCCCAUGUAUUUCUUCAUCCUGAAUCUCUCUGUCUGGGACAUGUGUUACAUUUCUGUGACUGUACCCAAGGCCUGUGUCAUCUUCCUGCUAAACAACAGGGUGAUUUCCUUGGUUGGAUGUGCAGCUCAGAUUUUCCUCGUGGUGUUAUGUGCUUAUGUAGAGUUACUGCUCCUCACCUUCAUGGCCCAUGACCGCUAUGUGGCCAUCUGCCAGCCCCUCCACUACCAUAUGAUCAUGACCCCUCGAGUCUGUGUCAAAAUGGCGUUGGCCUCUGCACUCAGUGGUCUGGUCUAUGCAGGUGUGCACACUGGGAACACAUUCCAUUUGUCCUUUUGUCGUUCUAAUGUGGUUCAUCAGUUUUUCUGUGAUAUCCCCUCUCUGCUGAAGCUCUCCUGCUCUGACACCUUAACCAAUGAAAUUGUAAAUUUUACCUCUUCAAUGAUAGUAGGUGGUAGCACCCUUUCUUUCAUCACCCUGUCUUAUGUUCACAUAUUUUCUACUGUGCUCAAGUUUCCAACCAGAGGAGAACGAAGAAAGGCCUUUUCCACCUGUAUCCCGCACAUCCUCAUUGUCAUAGUUUUCCUCGGCUCUGGUGCUGUUGUGUAUAUGAAGCCAACCUCCAACUCCUUUCUGACACACGAUAUGGUCAUUUCUGUGUUCUAUUGUAUAGUUCCUCCUUUCUUGAAUCCUAUCAUCUAUAGUCUUAGAAACAAGCAGAUAAAGGAGGCUAUUAAGAAAGUUAUGAAAAGAAUACUCACUUCUUUCCAGAAAAUUAUCAUUAUUUCAACACUUUCCUACUUUGAUUGCAAGAGAUAA